GCUCCGUUUUUCGAAAAGUUCGAUAUUGAAUAUAGUUUCCACCACCAUUCCACCGUUAAAGUUUGAAUUCUCAGGAUGUAACGUUCGUUAAGUGAUUGUGUUUGAAAUUUCUCGAAAUUAUUGUGUUUGUUGACGAUAUUUAUUGAUAAUUCAAUAAAAAAUGACGGGGGCAGAAACUCAAUCAAUCAUUCCGAGCAAUGAUAUUGAGGUUCGUAAAUCAGCCGAAGAAAUGGAUGAACAACGACAAAAAACGUUGGUUUACGAAUAUUUAUGUCACUUGGAAGAAGCUAAAAAAUGGAUAGAAGCAUGCUUGAGAGAAAAACUUCCUCCAACAACAGAACUUGAAGAGAAUUUGAGAAAUGGAGUCUACUUAGCUAAAAUAGCUCAUUUCAUGGAUCCAGAGGGUUGUCCAUGGCAUAAAAUAUAUGACAUGGAUCAAUGCCGAUUUAAAAUAGCUGGUUUACAAUUUAAACAUACUGAAAAUAUAAAUAUGUUUUUAAAAUGCUUAAAAUCAAUUCAACUACCAUUAACUUUUCAACCUGAAACGACUGACAUUUAUGACAAAAAAAAUAUGCCUCGAGUAAUAUAUUGCAUCCAUGCGUUAAGUACACAUUUAUUUAAAUUAGGGAAAGCACCAAAAAUUCAAGAUCUUUAUGGAAAAAUUAACUUUACUGAUGCUGAAAUUGAUGCAGUGAGUAAAGAAUUGAAGAAAAAUGGAAUUCAGAUUCCAGCUUUCCAAAAAAUUGGUGGUUUGCUUCUACAUAGUAUGACUAAUGACACCGCAACACUACAUAUUGCUGUCAUUGCCAUCAAUCAAGCUCUUACAGAUUCCAAUAAACAAAAACUGAAAGAAGCCCUUUGUAAUCCUGUAGCAAAUUUAAAAAAUAUUCGUGUACAAUAUUUAAAAGAUUACUAUAGUAUUCUAUUUCGAGCGAAAAAUGAAAAAACUGAAGCUGCUUGUAAUCGAUCGUUAAAUGAAAGUUAUGUACCUGACACAUAUGAUGAGUUAUUAACUCCAGCAGAAAUUCAAGGGCACGUCAAUAAUGUCAAUGCUUUCAAUGCGUUACAAUUACUUACAAAUUCUAUCGAAGAUGAUACUAACGAAAAUUUCAUUAAGUGCCUAGCAGAUCCGUCUCUUCAACUCAAACGCAUUGUGGCUGAAAAUGCCAACGAAUAUAGAAACGAAUUCCGUACAUUAAUCAGAAAUUUUCUUGAAAAAGAUGAAAAUUUCAACAACCUUGUACAAUGGCAACAUUUAUUACAGAAAAAAACUGAUCGAGUGAACGAAAAAGCAAUAAAAAAUAAAAAGAUUCAAGAAGCAGUGAAAUCAGUUAAUUUAGCUUUGGAGAAAAAUUCAGAAGAACUAUUUUUCAAUGCUCUAAUGAAUCCACAAUUGGGUAUAAGUGAAGCUGUUGAUAAAUUUUCAGUUCCACUUUAUUUCGAAGAAAUGAAAAUAGAUAAGUCUGAUUCUGGUCGUGAUAUAUCUUAUGAUGAUAUUUUAAGUAGUAUUCGAGUAUUGACAGCAAUAGCAUCCGUAAGUAAAGCAAUUGACACAGGAAACCCUGAUCUAGUAUUUGAGGCUUUAAUAAAUCCAGAAACACAUGUAACAGAUCUUGAUGAAGGAAAUAAAGUCAAAUACUUCAAAGCUUUAGAAACACUUCGAAGUGACCCUGAAGUGAAAAAAAGCUGUCCAAUUUUAACAUACGUUGACAUUCAAGACGUAAUUGAUUUGGUAAAUAAACAAUGUCAAGAUAACGAUAAAGCUAUUGAUGCAUUGAAAGAAUUAAAUAAAGCAGUUUUAAACGGUGAUCCAUUAGCUGUAAUGGCUGCUUUAAAGAAUAAUUUAGUUGAUUCUUCAACUACUCUCAGCGAAAAAGAUUCAGCAUUGUACUUGAAAUUAUUCAAGAAAUGUUUGGAAAAAAAUAGUAAAGAUCGAACUGAAUUGUGGCUUGAAGAUGUAAAUUUCGUAACAAAAGUAGCUGGGGAAGAAAUUGCUUUCGCACAAAAUGCAUGCCAUCUAUUAGGCAGAAUAGAUAAAGCAUUAACUACUGAUGACAUAAAAUUAUUUACUGAAUGUCUUGAACAAGCUUGUUUAAAACUAAAUAAAGAUCAUUCUCAAAAAUAUUUUGAUAUGUUAAAAUCUUUGAAACAAUAUAAGGCGAAAAAAUACAAGUGCCCUUAUGUAAUUUAUGUAACCCCUCGUAAUACUGAAUCAUUUUUACACAUUGAUAAACAAAUUUACUCAUGGAGUCGACCAUUAAAGAUAGCAAAGAGUCGAUUCAUUACGAUAAAAGAUAUCGAAAAAGCUAUAAUAACUGUUACUGCUAAAGAGUACAACUUGCCACUCGAUGCAAUCAAAGAAUCAGCAGUAAUUCAUUUUCAAGCAUUGGUACGUGGUUACUUACUUCGAAAAAAGUUGUCUGAUCGAAAGACACAUUUCCAACAAAAUCAAGGCAAAGUGAUAAAAAUUCAAGCUUGGUGGAGGAGUAUUUUACAACGUCGCUAUUAUUUAGAAAUGCGGCGACAAGAACAAAAAAUUUCCAAAUUGCAGGAGAAAAAGCAAGCUAAUAAAGGUCUUGAUUUUUAUCAACAAAAUGAGCAUAAAAUUAUAAGAAUUCAAGCUCACUGGCGAGGUAGAAAAGCAAGAAAAGCUUUUGUUUCUCUUUUAAGAAUGGAAAAACCGCCUUUCCCUGUUGUUAGACACUUUGCUUCUAUUUUGGAUUUUAAUGCUGAAGAUUAUGACAAAGAACUUCAACUACAACAACUUAAACAUGAAGUUGUUCAAACUAUAAAACAUAAUCAGAAGCUCUCACAGCAGUUAAAUAGUAUGGAUAUAAAAAUAGGUUUAUUAAUACAAAAUAGAAUAACUUUACAAGAUGUUAUUGCUCAUGGAAAAAGUUUAGAGAGUCUUACGAAAGAAAAAAAUACUAGAUCACGAAAAAGUUCAUUUAACGAUCCUUCUAUUCAUAAAGGAUUGAAAUCACUUACCAAAGAGGGACGAAAAAUGCUUGAAGCAUAUCAACAUCUCUUUUAUGCUUUACAAACUAAUCCAGUAUAUUUAUCAAAACUAUUAUUUUUAUUACCUCAAAGUAAAUCGAAUAAAUUUUUGCAAAACGUUAUCUUAACUUUAUAUAAUUUUGGGUCGAAUUUGAGAGAAGAAUAUUUACUACUUAAACUGUUUGGCAAAGCUCUUCAAGAAGAAAUCAGAUCAAAAUUCCAAAAACCAUCAGAAGUUGUGACAGGUAACCCGUUAGUAUUAAAAAUGGUGGUGAAUUAUGCUAGACAAUUAAAUGGGCAACGAGCUUUAAGACAAAUUCUUGGGCCAGUGAUUGAAAAAGUUUUAGCUGAUAAGAGUAUAUGUAUUGAAACAAAUCCUGUAGAUAUUUAUAAGUGUUGGAGAAAUCAAUUAGAAAUGAAGACUGGAGAGACAUUAGAUUUGCCUUAUUCAGUAACUCAACAGCAAGCUUUAAAUUAUGAAGAAGUACGCAAAAAAUUGUCUAUUGGAAUCGAAAUUCUCCGAAAUACCGUUCGUGACUUCUUGCAGAGGAUUACUGAAUCUAGAGAUUUAAUACCUUAUGGAAUGCUCUAUGUAUCAAAAGUUCUUCAUGAUACUCUUGCUGAAAAAUUUCCUAAUUCAGCAGAAAAAGAUAUUUUAAAAGUUGUUGGUAAUUUAAUUUAUUAUCACUUUAUUAAUGCAGCAAUUGUUGCCCCUGAUGCUUUCGAUAUUGUCACUUUACCAAUUGACAGAUCACUUUCGAACGACCAAAGAAGAAACUUAGCAAGUAUUGCUAAAAUUUUACAAUUUGCUGCCUCAAAGAAAGGUUUUGGAGAUGAAGCGCCACAUCUUGUUUGUCUGAAUCCAUUUAUUAUUGAGUGUCAUGAGAAAUUUAAAAAUUUUUUCCGAUCUUGCUGUCAAAUAGAAGAAUUAGAUGAUCAUUUCAAUAUUGGUGAAUAUACAGAAGCUACUUUAAUUCACAAACCAGAAAUUUCUAUUUCUCUUCAAGAAAUCUGUGAUACUCAUUCAUUACUGCUUGAAUAUCGAUAUGAAAUAGCACCUGAUACUAAAGAUUCACUUCACGAACUUUUGGAUAAUUUACAGUCUCCACCAACAAUUGCUGGUUUAAUGGGUAUUACAGAGCCAGUUUGUGAUACGACAUUAGCUCGUAUGGGUAAGACUGAGAUUUGUCUCGUGCUUAGUAAUAAAUUCGAAGUGCCUGGAAGUGAAGAUCAGAGUUUACAAAGGUUGUUUAUCAAAACAAAAGAAUUGUUGGUGUGUGUUAUACAAUUUUUAAAAGGAGAUACCCUAGUAAGUGCUCUUGAUGCAGUUGCUUCACCUGUUCAAGAAAAACGUUAUGGAGCUAGAAAUGUACCAGUAAAUACAGCAAGUCUCAUAUACAGAAGCACCUCAUCAUUAGAUGACUGCAAAUUUCAAUUACGAUCAUAUUUAUUGAAACUAGAACGUGGUGGUUGGGUUACUCAUGAAGAUGGAUAUCAAAGUCUUGUUACUGCUGUAGCUAAAGAUCUUUGUAACAAAGGAAAAUAUCGCAUGAUUAGAAAUAAAGAACUACAGAUGUUAAGAGCUACUAGACAGCGUCUUCAAGAGAAAACAAAGUAUUAUGCUGAACAAGUGGAAUAUUAUAAUGAAUAUAUUAAACGAUGCCUUGAAAAUCUUCAUACAGGAAAAGGUACACUUCGUGCAGCUAAAAUUUCUCAGAAAAAUAAUCAAACUAAAUUGAAAUCAAAGAAAACUCUUCAAUAUUCAGCUGCCAAACUUUUUGAAAAAGGUAUUUUGAAAGAAAUUGAUGGUCUACCUAAUUCACAGUUCAAGAACGUCACAUUUGAAAUAACACCAAGAGAACAUUAUGGGUUGUUUACGAUAAAAGGAAAGUUUAUGGGAGUUGAGAUUGAGAAAAUCGAAAUUGAUAUACAAAAAUUACUCGAAAUGCAAUUUGAAGGCGCUGCCAUAAUGAAUCUUUUUGGAAAAGCAAAAGUUAAUGUUAAUCUGUUAUUAUACUUAUUGAAUCGAAAAUUUUACGGUAAAACUUGAACUUAUCAAUCUAUUUAAAAAUGUUACAUUAUAAAUAUAAAUAUUCUGGAUAUUAUAUUUUUAUAAGGCUGUUGCAAAAGUCUUGCCAAAUUUGUAAAAUGAUGAAUUUAAGUGCUGUAGAUUAAAUUUAUCUUUCCUUUUAAUCCAUAUUAUACAACGAAUAUUAUAAUAAUUAAAUUAAUAAUCAACUCUGUAAACAUACUCUUCUUUUAUAAUGUUAAGUCUUUUGCAACAAUUAAAAACUUGCGUAAGAUAAUCAUUAAUUAAAAUUAAUUCUCAGUUUUAACUAAGUAUAAUAUUAAAGGAAUAUUUUUAAUCUCUUCAUUUAUUGAUGUAAAUAUUUAUAUCUCUAAGUUUUUCGUAUUUUAAUAAUACAUUGCUUCUUAAAAAUUAUACUUAACAUCAUGAGAAGUCAAUGUACUCACUGGCGCAACAGUGCAACUUAUCAUAAAACCAAUGGCUUUAUUAAAAAAAAAAUAAUAAUAAACAAAACAUAUUUUAUGAAAUGUA